GGCUGUGUGAAGGGAGCAGCUCGUGGAUCACCGUCAGUCGGGCAGUGAAGGGUUAAUGUUACUGUACAGAUACAGGACUGUGAGCCGGUGUCUAUAGGCUGCUCGUGUCCACUCGCUCCGUUACUCGCUGCAUGCUACUCCACUUUCCCCAUUCCAACAGUAGGCACCAAAGAAGAGCUCUGCACCUGCUCUGCAGACACCUUCCAGCAUGGAUGCGUUAAAAUCCGCCGGGAGAGCAAUAAUCAAAAGUCCUGGAGUUCCGCGGCACACAUGGGGAACGUCCAAGCAUGAAAAGCUCCCAGAGAACUGGACGGACACCAAGGAGACACUCUUGGAAGGGAUGGUGUUCAACGUCAAGUAUCUGGGCAUGACUCUGGUUGGCCAGCCUAAAGGAGAAGACAUGGCAGCGGCUGCUAUCAGGAGGAUUGUAGCCACGGCUCGGGCCAGUGCAAAGAAGUUUCGGAAAGUGACCCUCACUGUCUCCCCCAAAGGAAUCAUCAUCUCAGACACAGAGACCAAUGACCUCAUCGAGGACGUUUCCAUUUACAGAAUAUCUUACUGCACAACAGACAAAACUCAGGAUAAGGUCUUUGCCUAUGUCUCCCAAAGCCAGUUCAAUGAAACUCUGGAGUGCCAUGCCUUCCUGUGCCAAAAAAAGAAAAUAGCUCAGGCUGUGACUCUGACAGUUGCACAAGCUUUUAAAGUAGCUCUGGAUAUGUGGGAGAUCGCACAGGAAGACAAAAGUAAGAAAACUCGCACAUGCUACACCUGUUCAAACCCUGAAUCUCAGCCUGAAUCUGAACCAAACAGUGUUUCAGAGGAGGAGCAGACCCGAGCUCUGAUGGAGCACAAACUUAGGAAGCCCUUCUUCCCUUCCUUCCUUUCACCAUCUCCACGCAGCAACGCUAGGAGACGACCAAUCAAACAUGACUCCUGGGAUGCGGAAGAUGGCCUCGAUGAUGCAUUUUCAAGCAAUAUGGAGGUGGAGGAGAUGGACGCAGGUAAGUGAGACUGGCAACGUCCCGCAGCAGAACCGUGUCUGAGGAUGCAGCUUUGAGUCCAGCGGAAGAAGAUCUCCUGUCCUUCAGCAGUGAGGACUCAGACUGAACACACACAUCACUCUCACCAGCCUAUCAGAAAGUGUCCUGAACACACAACACACCCCAGCACCGCACACAACGUGCAACGUAUGCCUCAGUGAUGGACUCAUUCACAAUACUGCCACUUAAAACAGAAACAACACCACAAAACAGCAUAGAUGUGCAUGAUUCAACUAUAUAACUCUUGAAUGCCAAUGUACUUACAUUGUAAUACUGUAAGUUCAGGGUAAGUACUUGACAACACAACAUGUAUGAAACUGCAUGUUGUUAUAUUGUAUUCAAGCGUUUGUGUAGGUAGAUUUGCCACAUAUAUCAUGUAAAACGUGUAAAUCUUUUCAACACACAGGUGCUAUAUUGUAGAUACUUGGGUUCUGCUAUUUAAAUGAACAAUAACUGCAAACAUGUACUUAAAAGGGAGACCAAAUGUACAUUCCACAAAAAACAGAUGUCUGUUCUUCAAGUCACAUGGUGUGGAUCGUUUCAAUCGAGUGCUUUGCACUGAACAAACCCACUGCAAAGCUCUCAGACAAGUGUGAUUAAACAUCAGAGGAUGUGAAGUACUAGAGCUGCAUGUGUUGUGGAGCUUUAGAUGUGGAGUUAUACACUCUAGGUGAAUGUUUACAAAUGUAAGUAUGUAGAAUUGUUCAGGACUGACAUUCUGAAGCACUGUAAUUCAAUUUCAGAUACAUAUUGUGGGUCAGGGUGACGUUUGCUUAAGCAAUCAUUACAGAAACUCUUCUGUGAUCAUGGAAUUUUAAAAUAUUUUACAAAGGCCUCAAACACUGAAUUUCUUUCUUCUAUAGGAUCCAAAAUAAUCUUGUGUGAAAGCCUUUUACACUGGCUUCUAAUAAUAGAUUUAUUAUUAUUAUUAUUUAUGUCUACAGUAGAGUGUUGCACCCUAUUGCUUAUCCUGAGUGAAACCUAUUUUUAAUCUUAAUUAUUUUAAAUAUAUGCAAUUUCAUAUAUUUACAGACUUUUUUGUUGUUUUGUUUCUUUCUUUUCAAAUGAUGUCAAAAAUACUGAUUUGGUUAAAAAAAUAAGCAUCAUAUUGUGUCAAAUAGAUGUUGAAUAGAAAAGGCACAAAAAAUAAUAUCUUGUUUUCUUCUAUAGGUUCUGGCAUUUCUUUGCUUUAUAAGAACUAAAGAAUAUUACAUUUUGCCUCUCAGAAAUGAAAAAUGAUCUUUUUCCCAUGAGUCCUAAUCAGUCUCUAGCAGCUAGGGUUACUGCCACUCUGCCCUUUUUUUUAACGUUGUAUUAAAAUGCACGCUCCGAAAUCUCUUCAUCAUUCUCUGAAAUCAUUAAACGUUCAGCCUUUGAGCCUCAGUGGCUCUGUCAGCUUUUUUCUUUUGUGCUUUUUUGAACAUGCAGUAUUUCCAAUCAAUAUUACAGAUCAAAAACAUUUAACCAUUUCUGUCCUGCUGAAAGUGGAAUAAGUUUUAUUUAAUUUAACAGAAUACUGUAAUAGCAGUGUAAAUUUCUUAAUUCAGUUAGUGGUGUUCUGCUUAUUUUGAUUAAUCAUAUUGAAUCUGUCUGUGGGUUAAUUAUUAAUGCUUGUUCUGAUUUCACAAAAAAAAAAAAUCAUUGUUUUCUGUGUUGCAACAGCUGUAGUAAAAACACAUUUUUAUUAUGUCAUCAUAUCUAAAAUGAUUUCUUAAGUAUUGUUCAAUAAGUAGAGACAAUUGUGUGUGAUUUUAUAAUGUUUUCUUUUAUUUUUAUAGUAAGAAUUUGAAGUUGGUGCUUUAUGAAAAAAUCUAUGCAAUCUAUGUUUGGCUUUGUACACAUACUAGUUUGUAUUAUUUAAACCAUCAUGAAACCAUAACUGAGCUGAAGAGGUCAUUUGCAUAUAUAUGUAAACACUGGUUGAUAUUUAAUAAUGUAUAAUAAAAUAUUUGUUCAAAACA